UUUGCGAUUGUAGCGGGUUGAACUUUUGCUCUGUUGUAUUGAUACACUUCAGUCGGACAUGGGAAUGGCAAAUGCAUAUUCUAUGAUCAACCAAGAAUUGCAAAACUCAGUUUCAGAAAAGGAAUACUUGGAGAAAACCAAUCAAGAUUUCAAGGUAAAGGAAUGGGGCACAACAAACCUCGCCAUUAUAUGUGAUGAUAAAAUCUUUGUUGGUGUGGAUUCGAGGGCUACAAGUGGGAUGGACAAAGGAUUUAUAAUAUCAGAAACAGCAGGGAAAUUAUUUAGAAUUAAUGAUUACAACAUACUUGGAGCUAUGGCAGGAAAUGCCAUAGAUUGUUCAAAUACAUUAACUUAUGUGAAGAGGAAGAUGGAAAAUUUGAAAGAAGUGAUGGAACAUAUGAGAAAUACGAAAGAUGCAAUGGAAAUAGAUGAGAUAGAAGAUUUAUUAGGCAUCCAUUUUGCAGUAGAUGAGAUAGAAGAUUUAGGCAUCCAUUUUGCAGCACGAGAAGCCAAGAAGUAUAUCGACAUCCAAUCAAAUUCUUUUGAUGGGUCUCCUCUUAUAAUUGGAUGGGAGCAAAAGGAUGAGAGAUUUGAUCCUCAUAUAUAUAAAGUUAGUAAAGAGGAUUUUAUUAUAGAAUCCACUCGUCACGAACUUGUUGUGAAUGGAUCCGGUGGUGAACGUGCUGCAUUGUAUUGGAGGCAACAUUACAAACCAGGCAACAACAGUAGAGAAGAAAUAUUGAACCUUAUGAAAAGGACUUUAUCAUAUGUAUCUCUUUUUGAUGAGAUGAGCGGUGGUAUUAUGCGUGUGGUUGAAAUGAAACCAUUAGGCUACAACGAGGAAUAUAACCAACAAGUUCUGCAAGUGCUUUUUGAUCAUUACGAUCAUUUGGGUAAUGAUCUUUCUUCUUCGUUGUUCACUCUUUGGAACAACACCGAUGGCGCAUAUGUACAUGAGUUGAACAUAAAAGUGCAUGAAUCAUUCAUAGAAGAGUUCGAAGGAUAUAAACAGAGUGUUGUCAUAAGGAAGAAUAAAAAAUUCAUCAUUCGACUCCUACAUUUUGAAGAAGACUGCCACGUCGAUUUAGCAUUAAAGAAAGUGGAAAACAAUCAUAAAUUUUGGGUUCAACUUAAUCGUCAACCAGAACAUCUUGUUGACAUCAUUAACACUUGAGAUUUUCUUCUCAUGGAUUAUGAUUAGAGGAUUUUCCAAUUCCUAUCAGCACAUACACAAGUUUGAAGAUAAUCAGCAUCAAGCAAAAAGGGACUUGAGGUGCUGCUAACUUUAGCGAGCAGGCCUCUAACAGUUUCAAGACAUAGUUAUCGCUGAGUCAAACUAGAACUUACACAUUUCUGAUUUUUCUGGUUGGUGACGAAAUAAGGGGAUAUGUAGCCCCUGUCUAGAUUCAUUCCCUCAACAACCUCCAACUCAUUGUCCAAUAUUUUCCUGUCCUACAAAAAUUAACAUAGUGUGAAGCUUUCAUGUAUUGGGUAUCAUUUGGGAAUAAAAAACUAAAAUAAAAU